AUGUAUGGUGUUGGCGCGUGCAUUACAGUGAGCUUGGCGCCACCUACGCCACCGAAGCCAAUUACAUCUGAUGAAGAAGCGACCGACGUUCCAAGUGACGAGGGGUCUGAAGAGAUUGAGGAAGAGGAUGAAGAGGAGACAGACUUGCCAGGAACAGUGGAAGAUGAGGUCGCGAAGAUGGAGAAGGAGCCUGACACACCAAAGAUUGAACCUGAACCUGAGACUCCUGAGACACCCAACUUUGAAGAAGAGGAAGAGGAGGAGGAGGCAGCCGCCACCGCUUCCAGGUGGCGGUGA